CGUGAGGACUGCGAAUGUCAUCGCUGCAGAAGCUGUGACCUGCCUGGUGAUUGACAGAGACUCCUUCAAGCACUUGAUCGGAGGCUUGGACGACGUUUCCAACAAGGCCUACGAAGAUGCAGAGGCCAAAGCAAAAUAUGAAGCUGAAGGGGCAUUCUUCGCCAAUCUGAAGCUGUCCGAUUUCAACAUCAUCGACACGCUGGGAGUUGGAGGUUUUGGAAGAGUUGAGCUGGUCCAGUUGAAAAGUGAGGAAUCGAAAACGUUUGCCAUGAAAAUUCUCAAGAAGCGCCACAUCGUAGACACAAGACAGCAGGAGCACAUCCGUUCUGAGAAGCAGAUCAUGCAGGGGGCUCAUUCAGAUUUCAUCGUCAGACUAUAUAGAACCUUCAAAGACAGCAAAUAUUUGUACAUGUUAAUGGAAGCCUGCCUAGGUGGAGAGCUUUGGACGAUUCUCAGGGACAGAGGUUCAUUUGAAGAUUCGACAACCAGAUUUUAUACAGCAUGUGUGGUAGAAGCGUUUGCCUAUCUGCAUUCCAAAGGAAUCAUUUACAGGGACCUCAAGCCAGAAAACCUCAUUCUCGACCACCGAGGUUAUGCCAAACUGGUUGAUUUUGGCUUUGCAAAGAAAAUAGGAUUUGGAAAGAAAACAUGGACAUUUUGUGGGACCCCAGAGUACGUAGCCCCUGAGAUCAUCCUGAACAAAGGUCAUGACAUUUCGGCAGACUACUGGUCACUAGGAAUCCUAAUGUAUGAACUUCUGACUGGCAGUCCCCCUUUCUCAGGCCCGGAUCCUAUGAAGACCUAUAAUAUCAUAUUGAGAGGGAUUGACAUGAUAGAAUUUCCAAAGAAGAUUGCCAAAAAUGCUGCUAAUUUAAUUAAAAAACUAUGCAGGGACAAUCCAUCAGAGAGAUUAGGGAACUUGAAAAAUGGAGUAAAAGACAUCCAGAAGCACAAAUGGUUUGAAGGCUUUAAUUGGGAAGGCUUAAGAAAAGGUACCUUGACACCGCCUAUAAUACCAAGUGUCGCAUCCCCCACAGAUACGAGCAACUUUGACAGUUUCCCUGAGGACAAUGAUGAGCCACCGCCAGAUGACAACUCGGGAUGGGACAUAGACUUUUAGUGCAUUUCUCUUACCUGCUUCUGCCUUGCUGAAGACAGCUUUUCUGAGACACGGCUGCCAGCAAACCUGAAGGAAUGGGAGAAGAUCCGUGCUCGGGGUCACCAUGAUGCCUUGAUCGAUGCUGCUACAGCACUCCAGUGGCAUUAGGACUUAUCGCUUAGAUGACAAUAUGCUCUCUCUACAUGUUUUAUGUUUGAAACGAAAAUUGCAGUUGACAUGGUGGUCCUGAAGCAAAGCCUUUUCACCAGUAAAGAAACGUUUUCUACCACAUCAACGAUCUUGCUUUGCUCUAGUUAUAAUCUGAAAGAUAAAAAAAAAUGGUAUUAAGAAAUCCUUCAAUCAAGCUUAGGUCUGAACCUUGCAGCUAGGAUUCUCAGUAGGAUUGGAUUGUGCUUUUUUGGAUACCGUACUCUUCUAUGGUAUGGGUGGUCAGGGUGUCAACACUCUUCAACAGAGGAACACAGGGGUCUUUUACUGCAGGCCAGUGUCUAUACAGAAAAGGACCACAAAUUGAUUAGUCAAGGAGUUCAUGUCAAAUCAGUUCUAACCAUUCUUUGAUUUUUUUCCCCAAGUAGUAGUCAUGACAAGCCUGAAUAUUUCCUUUUAUCUUUUUUUUGCUUAUUUUCCCUUUUUCUUUACGAUCUAUUUUAAUUGGGAGGGGAAAGAGAAGGGAAUAAGCAUUUAUUAAGCGCCUGCUAUGUGCUAGGCACUGUUCCAAGCGCUUUCCAAAUAUCUCAUUUAAUAAUUUUUAAAAAUAGAGAUAAAAGCACAACUCUGCUAAUGGUUUCUGAAAACCAUCACAGCAGAUGUGGACAUAUUCUUAUACACAAAUGAUGAUGAGGUGCAUGAUGUUUCUGGUUUGGGUUUCUUUUGUUUUGUUUAUUGUUGUUGUCUUUCCUUUUGGUCCACAGGCUUGGUUGGAUUAAAAAAAAAAGAAAUUCACAAAACCAUUUCAUGUUUUAGCAGAAUGGUCCUGGAGCUAGAAGGGCGGCAGCUGAUUGGUUUUAUUCAUUCUUUAACAGGCCCUCAGACUGAGGCUUUA